AUGAGCAGCUCUCCACCUCUCCCACAGGCCCCUACAGGAUGGACUACAGACCCUGACUCCAUGUCAUAUUUUAUUAAGGGAGAAUGGGCCAAAAUUGCAAAGCGCUGUGGCCUUGAAAAUCCAGUAGCCAUUAUAUGCACCACCCCAGAUUCAGGAGAACACUACGGUUUGGUAUCAGCUGGGGGGCGGUACUAUUUCAUGGAUGAUAUGGCCUGGUCGAUUCUUGAGAUCCUCAAGCCAACGACUCUGGAUGAGAUUUUGAAGAAGAUCUCCGAUGACAGGGAGAAAUCAAUUGACAUAAAGGUUCUGGAGGAAGUGGAGACAAGGGAGGAUCUAGAGGAGGAGGAGAAACAGAAGGCAGACAUUACAUUGAUGGAGCAGAUGAAGGCAGCACCGGGGUACCUGGACUGGAAGGCGAUGGAUUCAGACUAG